UCCCUCAAACUUUGGGUGGAAUAUAGUAAUUUUACUCUUUAGGUUUAGGUUAAUUUAUUCUUUAUGGAAAAUACACCGUCUGACAGAAAUUUGGAGAAAGGAGAUUCAACAAAAGAGUUUCAAGACAACUGGAAACGCCAAUCGAAUUAUUUGGGUGACUUUUUCUCAUAUUCUUCUUCAAAUUGUUAUCAAGUGAGAUUUGGGUGUGUGCAUUGGUCAGGAUUAUGACAUUUGCCUUUAGAUUUUGAACUAUCAAAGUUGUCUGAGAAAUUGUGAAAAACUUUACAUUAAGUAUCAGUUUCAAAGACCUCAAUGUCUCUAAGGAAACCCCCACUUCCAAGGCUGCUCCUCAACAAUGUUUCUUGUAUGCGAAAUGCUCAACAAAUCUUGCGGCAUGUGAAUGUCUCUCUUCAUGAUGGUGGGGCGCUUGUGUUGACAGGCACCAAUGGCUCAGGAAAGAGUACAUUCCUUCGGAUGUUGGCUGGAUUCAAUAGACCUUCAGCCGGCAAGAUUCUUUGGAAUGGUCAUGAUAUCACAAAAUCAGGAGUCUUCCACCAGUAUAAGCUUCAACUCAACUGGAUGUCACUCAAAGAUGCUGUGAAGGAGAAGGAGACACUCCUUAUGAAUGUUGAGUGGUUCGAACUUCUCGAAGGCAAACAAGGGAACUCUCUGCCUGCUUUGGAGCUAAUGGGGCUUGGAAGAUUGGCAAAGGAUAAAGCAAGAAUGCUUUCAAUGGGGCAAAGAAAAAGGUUGCAGCUAGCAAGGUUGCUUGCAAUUGAUCGCCCAAUUUGGUUGCUUGAUGAGCCUUCUGUUGCAUUGGAUGACGAAGGGGUGAGGCUGCUCGAGUAUAUCAUUGCGGAGCACAGAAAGAAGGGUGGCAUUGUGAUUGUCGCAACACAUUUACCAAUUCAGAUUGAGGAUGCCAUGAAUCUGAGGCUUCCACCCAGGUUCCCUAGGCGAAUGACCUUUGUCGAUAUGCUUGAUCGCUCAGACGUACAAUAAACCUGCAGAAGAAUCAGUGUGUCCAUUGCAGAGAGGAAAAGUAUCCCUCAUUAUCGUGAUGUGCUCAUACGAAGUUCUGUGGUUCGCUAAAUCCCGCAUCAUAUUUGAACUGGUUUGUCCCAUAUCUGAUUCACAACUUAGAAUAAUUGAAGAGACUCUUCAAGUUGUACAAUUGAAAUGGACUAUUUCCUGAAAUAAAUUAUUCAGUUAUUCUCAAUUGAA